AUGAAAGAGUACGGGAGCAGUGUGAAUGGCUUUGAUGGCUUGGCCCAGCACACGACAAACGGCAGCACGGACGCCCCCGAAUCUAAUAAACCCGGUUCUCUGGGAAUUGCCGGCCGCCAGCGACCCACCCUUGAAGUAUUUGUCCAGAUCGUGCACAACCGCGAACCCGGCACUUUUGGAAGCAUCUUGCAGCGAAUCUGGAGAGAGGCGCAAUCCGAAUUCGACACAGUUCCCCCCCUUUCACAGGCUUCGGCCGUCUUCCACUCAUUCAACCAUGCACUUUGCCUACCCGCCGCGGAAGAGCUCCAACCCUCCGCCUUUUGUCCCGCGCUCCUCCUCCUCCAGACUGCCCGCCCUGCCCGUCCUGCGCAGGGGUCGCCUCAAGGCGAUCGCCCUGGGCGUGAUCGCCAUCGUCGUCGUCGUCUUCCUCUGCACCCGGCCGAGCAGAAGGAGCUAUGCUCCGCCGGCGCCGCACAAGCCCUCGGGCAACCCGCCGGCAGUCUUGGUGACGGUGCUGGACCAGACGGAAGCUUCCCCGAACUUCAUAGCGCAGGUCAAGGAGAACAGGGAAGCGUACGCACAAAAGCACGCGAAAUCUCAGGCUACGAGGUUUUCUUCCCCAAGGUCGGCGACUAUGACCUCCGCGGCGCGCCUUUCUCGUGGACAAAAGUGGUCGCCAUGCGCCACGCCCUCACGAAAUUCCCCGAGGCUACUUAUUUCUGGUUCAUCGAGCAAGACGUGCUCAUCAUGAACCCUGACAUCAAGGUGGAGGACCAGCUUAUGAAGGCCAGCGUGAUCGAGUCCAGGAUGAUUAAGGAUCACCCGGUGGUGCCCCCAGACAGCAUCAUCAAGACGUUUACGCAUCUCAAGGGCCAGGAUGUCGAUUUCAUGCUCACCCAGGAUUUCGACGGUCUUGCCGUGAGCAGUUACAUUAUUCGCAACAGCGACUGGGCCAAGUACUUCUUUGAGACCUGGUACGACCCGAUCUAUCGAAGCUACAACUUCCAGAAGGCCGAGGCGCAUGCAUUGGAACACAUUGUCCAGUGGCACCCGACCAUCCUCUCGAAGCUCGCUCUCGUCCCGCAGCGGAUCCUCAAUUCGUACGACACGGCCGCACACGGCGAGGCGUACACCAAGGGCGAUCUCGUCGUCAGGUUGCUGGGCUGCACGGGCCAGGGCGAGUAUAGCUGCGACAAGGCUGCCGCCAAAUUCACCCCGGUAUGGCGAGAGGCGUUCAAACUAGGCUCCUCGUGA